AUGGCUAGCGGCGACGCGGCGCCCUCGCCCGGCCCCUCGCCCGGGGCUGGGAAGCCCAGUGCGGGAAAGAAACUCUUUAUUCCCAAGAAGCGCGUAGAUAACAUUUCCGACACGUCGCUUGCCGAGCUGCGCGCCGAGUUUGGCACGCCCCGCCGCGAGAGUGUUGUUCUCCUCUCGCCGCCCCCGGAAGAGACGCCGGCGAGCUGGGAGCUGUGCCCGUUCUGCGACGAGCCCAUGCCACGGCCCAUGUCGGCCAAGCUUACUGCACUUGUGCAACAUUGGGUGCACAAAAAAAAGGGGGGGCUGGCCCUGCGCCCCACCGACACGAUCGCCGUGUGCCAGCGGCAUCGCGACGAGCACGAUAUUAUACCCGAGGGCGAGCGGCGGGGGUGGCCGCUCGAGAUCGACUUUCGCGAGCUGCGGCGGCGCAUCACCGAUCCACAGAAGCGGUACAUGCGCGUGCUGCAGGACCGGCUGAUGGAGCCGGAGCAAAGCACCUUUUUUCAGGCCGCGCGCCGGACGCGUGAGCAUGUGGGCCGCAAGGCGAGCGCGAGCGCGCAUCAGAUCGAGUGCUUUGACGAGCGGCACUAUGGCGAGCAAGGCAGCGAGCUCUUUGCCGAUAUCCUCUACGCGGCCUUUGUCCAGGAUCCGUUGAUGCCGUCCUUGGACCUGAAGAACAAAGCUGUGCUGGAAAAGAUCCAGCCGCUCGACGCCGCGCAGUUCCUCGACGAAGCGCUGCUCCCUGAGCUGGUCUGCAUGCUGAUCCAGGACGACCUCGGCGGCGAAGCCAAGGCGGCGUACGACGAUGCGAUGCGCGUGCAGCGCGACAGCCGCAAGUUUGGCGUGGCCAUGUACCCCAGCGACACGAGCGAUGCACGCAAAACGCGGCGCACGUCGGGCGGUUGGCUCGGCCCCUCGCCGAAGCGCGAGCGCCGAAAGAGCACGUCGCCGCCGGCCAAACGCCGCAAUACCAGCGACGGAUACGUGCAGCAGACGCUCUUUGGCCUGCGCCGCUCGUCGCGUAUUCCUGUCGGCGGCCCGCGCGUGAUGCUCGACGGGCCAGACUCGGACGAGGACGAGGCGCAGCCGAUGCACCAGCAGCGCCUGCACCUCUCGCGCGAGCCGUCCAGCGUCCAACGGCCGAUGCCGCGGCCGGCCGGGCGCAAACCAUCGAUGUAG